CACGCGUCAGUGUGUGUUUGUCGGUAAUUGUUGCGCUGCAAUUAGCAUCACCCUCGACACCGUCGUUCUUAUUUAUGUAUAUAAUUUUAAUUUAUAAUAGUGAAACAAUUUUCUUGUGAAAACUGAAGGUACAGUUUUGUGUUCUCAGUGUGAGUUGAUAAUCAGUGAAAUGUUGACACUGUUAAUACGGAAUGAAGCAGGAGGGCCAAAGAUAAUUUGAAAUUAAUUGCUAUAAACAAAGGAAUUAUUACUUCCUAGAAGAUGGCUCCUCCACCAGUAGUUACUGGAAUAUCCCCGAAGGAAGGACCUCCGGGAACGCGUGUCACUGUUCGAGGAGAAUUCCUUGGAACUAAAAGUCAGGAUCUUAUAGGUUUGACGAUUUGUGGCUGUGAUUGUCUUUUAUCGGCCGAAUGGAAAACUCCAAACAAAAUAAUAGCAAGAACAGGUCCUUGCAAAGGGCGAGGAGAUAUAAUUGUAACGACUCAAAGUGGAGGUCAAGGUUCAUCAACUGUACAAUUUCGCGGAUAUCACGAAACUAUCGGACCUAUGAAAGAAUCUGCUGUUUGGGUGGAAGAAGCUCCUGUCCAAAGUUUUGUUUGGGGGAGACGAGCUCUGUCACCUACAAAUUAUCAACAAGAAGAUCCCCUUGGUCUCAGCGUCGAAGGGAAUGACAAAAAGUUCCCCGAGGACGAACUGAUCGAACUUUUUGGGGACAGAACUGGAGAACUAACCAGCGAGAAAUUUCACCCUGGUUGGUUUCUUCUACAAUAUCAUCAUGCAACAACUUUAGACGACCUCAAAGCUGGUUUAGCUUAUUUAAGACGUAAAGUUCAUUCGCAGAAAGAAGGACAAUUAUCGUUUUUGAAGGCAAACGUUCGUUCGGUUAUGGAGCAACUCGACACGAUAAUGUUCCUCAAAGAACAGUUCGAAGCAGAUGUGAGAAAAUAUGGAGAAAAUCCCAUGGAGAAAUUGGAAGGUGCUAUACAAGAAUCUAUGGCCGAGGCGAAUAAACUCUUUGACGAUGUUUUAGCUCGAAGAGACAGAGCGGACGCUACUCGAAAUGCCCUCGCUUUAAUGCAGCGGUAUCGGUUUCUUUUUUGCAUGCCAGUUAAUAUUGAAAAGAAUAUAAAACAAGGCAACUACGAUCUUGUCAUUAAUGAUUACGCUAGAGUAAAAAAUCUCUUUAAAAAUACGGAAGUCGAAGUCUUUAAACAAGUGUUGGCUGAAAUAGAAAAUAGGAUAGAAACGUUGAGGGUGAUAUUAAGAAAAAAUCUCGACGAAGUUCCGUUUACUUUAGAAGAGCAGAAGAAGAUUAUUAGAAACCUAGUUAGCCUCGAAGCCGAAGGAGAUCCAGCUUGGGAUGCAAUAGUUUCUCAUGCAUCUCAUCUGGAAAAAAGCAUAACAUCGUGUGUUCGGGAAUGUUUCGAUGCUGAAAAUGCAAGUGGUGAUGAAUCCAGUAGGCACUCGAAAUCCAAUGCAACCACACCAGUAUCGAUAAAGCAACUCCGACAGACUCGAAACGAUAAGAAUAUAAUUUCCUGGAGAGUUCAGUGUAUAGAAACGAUUUGUGAUAUUAUUACGGAACAGCUUCCAGAUCUUUGGCGAUUGGGACAAAGUUAUUUUACAGGACAGCUUCACGUUAGUGUUAACGCUGAGAAACAAGGACCUUUCAAGAAUCUGGUCUUAUCAAGUAUUCAACACGCCGUGAAUGCAAUGAAAAGUGCCUGCAGCUCCAAAGUUGAUGCUCAUUGGCUUUUGCAUUGUCUUAGAUGCAUCAGACAAAUGUACGCAUCGCUCAUUCAUUUGGAUCUACCAAGUGAUGCUCUCGAUAUUUUUGGAAAUUUCAUUUUUGAUUUGAGGAUACAGUGUUUGGUUUCGCUUUUUAAACAAACGGCGGAAGAUGUCCUGGGCCUACAGCGCAAAGAAAAUUGGCAGAUAGAAUACUUAAAUGAAGAUGGGGGAAUUACAAAAUUGCCAGGGUUGUUCGAGAAAAUGGUGAAGGAUGUUUCAAAACUCGUACGAGAAAAUGCAGUCGCUUGUGGUCCAAGAGAGGUGCCUCUUUUAGCAAAUCCAUCGCACACAGUUUUAUAUCACAAUGCGAUUAAAUCGUUGUUCACGUAUUUUUCCCGUUGCCUUCGACAAUUAGCGUUCAGUGGAAGUGAAGAAGCACUUGAUGACGAAGUUUCUUCAGUUUCACAGCUGGUCAGUUCACCUGCAGGAUACAGAACGAGAGAUAGUAAGCAACAUGGUCCCACCUGGGAGCAAUGUCUUCUUAUUUCGCUCAGUAAUAUUCGUUACACACUAAAUACGGUGCUGCCUCGAAUCGAGGAAAUUUUGAAAGCUCAAGGAUAUCCAGAUUUGUCAACAGCUGCAGGAUGGAAUUCAGAUUGGACUCAACUGGACACUUUGGAUUCUGCAGUUCUAGAAGCGUAUUUAGAACGUCGUUGUGAUCCUCUUGUUGGCACAAUAGAGCCAAGCAUGUAUUUAGGGAAUUUGGAAUGGGACUCAGAUUUGGAACCGACGCAUGUUCGUCCUUACGCACAGGAAGCGCUUGCCAAUUUAAUUGCAGUCCAUGCAGAGGUUCGUCGAUUCUCUCCGGGAUUAUUAAAAAGGGUAUUAUCUCACAUAGUGGAAACGAUUGCUGAAGAAUUGAAUCGACUGAUGUCUUGUGUGACCCAUUUUAGUCCCUCGGGUAUUAUCCAAGCCCGUACGGAUAUUUGCAUGCUAACAAAAGCACUUGAACCCUACAUAACGCCACGAGCAAAGGUCUUCUUAGAAGAAGCACUAGAUGCAAUUCCGCAACCUGCAGAUAGAGAAGCUUUGUUGCGAAUCAAAUCGUUAUUAUCUAAAGUCACAACCUCAAUGAAACUUCAGCUUCGAUGUCUCGCAGAUCCCACAGUUACAAAAUCCAGCGCAGAAAUAAUAGUCUCCGACACGGUAACAGCAAUUUAGUAAGCAUAAUUACAGACUAGUUAAUUGUAAUAAUAAUUUUAUAAAUCCAAAGAAUAAAGCCAGAAGAAGGGUGCAUGGUUUCUAAAAA